AUGGCAGGAAUAGAAUCUGCGUCUAAAGAAGGAAGAAGGGUGGUGGUCAUCGGCGGAGGAAUCGCUGGCUCCCUCGCCGCGAAGUUGCUUCAGUUCGAUGCUGACGUCACCCUCAUCGAUCCGAAGGAGUACUUUGAGAUCACAUGGGCGAGCUUGAGAUCCAUGGUGGAGCCUUCCUUUGCUGAAAGAACAGUUAUCAACCACAAGAACUACUUCAAGAACGGUCGUGUUGUUACCUCUCCGGCGGUCAACAUCACGGAGACUGAUGUAAUGACUUCAGAUGGAGAUGUGAUUGGAUAUGAUUAUCUAGUGAUUGCGACAGGUCACAACGACUUGCUCCCCAAAACCAGACAAGAGAAACUCUCACAAUACCAAACAGAAUAUGAGAAGAUCAAAUCUUCUAAAUCAGUUCUGAUUGUUGGUGGAGGACCGUCUGGUGUGGAGCUAGCUGCAGAGAUAGCAGUUGAUUUUCCGGAGAAGAAAGUCACAUUGGUGCACAAAGGAGCAAGACUGCUUGAGUUUAUUGGAGAGAAAGCUGCUGACAAAGCAUUUGACUGGUUAAAAUCCAAGAAAGUGGAAAUGAUACUGAACCAAACCGUGGAUUUGAACUCAGCUUCAGAUGGUAACAAAACAUAUAAGACUUCAAGAGGUGAGACUAUACACGCGGAUUGCCAUUUCCUGUGCGUUGGGAAGCCUUUGUCUUCUCAAUGGCUCAGUGGAACCGUUUUGAAAGAUAGUUUGGAUGGUAAAGGAAGGGUCAUGGUCGAUGAGCAUUUGAGGAUUAAUGGUAGAGAAAAUGUAUUCGCCAUUGGAGAUAUCACUAAUAUCCCUGAAAUGAAGCAAGGAUAUAUAGCGGAGAUGCAUGCUAAUGUGGCUGUGAAGAACAUAAAGGUAAUGAUGUCUGGUGGUGAAAAGAAGAAGAAGAUGUCAACUUACAAGCCCGGAUCAGAGAUGGCUAUUGUUUCUUUAGGAAGAAAAGACUCGUUGGCUCAAUUUCCGUUUGCGACGGUUAUUGGUUGCCUCCCUGGUUUGAUCAAGUCCAAGGAUCUAUUCGUGGGGAAGACGAGGAAGACAAGAGGACUAAACCCUAAACGUGUACAAGGUUGAGUCCUUUAGUUGAUGUUAUAUCAUGUUUGUGUUGUGCUUGUGUUUGUUUCUACAUUUGAUCUCAUUGUUUCAGUGUGGAGUGAUUGUUGGUUUUUGCUUAUGUUGCUUGUGUACGUUGUAUUAAUAGUACUGAUUACUUGAGUUCCAGUUUCA